CUUCAACUUAGGCUUCAGCUUCCCACACCUUCCCUACCCCAUCGACCACUGAUUCGGUCGGUCCUAACGUCGCCAUGGAGUCGUCACGCGGCCCGCCCAGGGUCAAGAACAAGGCUCCUGCCCCAAUCCAGAUCUCAGCGGAGCAGCUGCUCCGCGAGGCUGUUGACCGGCAGGAGGAGACAUUACAGGCGCCGACGCAGCGAUUUGCGGAUCUUGAAGAAUUACAUGAAUAUCAGGGUCGGAAGCGCAAAGAGUUCGAGGACUAUGUGCGACGCAACAGGAUUAACAUGAACAACUGGAUGCGGUAUGCCGUGUGGGAGCUUGAGCAGAAGGAAUUUCGACGGGCACGGUCGAUAUUUGAGCGCGCGCUGGACGUGAACCCGACCUCUGUGGUGCUGUGGAUUCGGUACAUUGAGUCGGAGAUGCGGAAUCGAAAUAUCAACCACGCGAGGAACCUGCUUGAUCGUGCCGUGACGAUUCUGCCGCGCGUGGAUAAGCUCUGGUACAAGUAUGUUUACAUGGAGGAGACCCUGGGGAAUAUUCCGGGAACCCGGCAGGUGUUUGAGCGGUGGAUGUCCUGGGAGCCGGAGGAGGGGGCGUGGAGCGCUUAUAUUAAGCUGGAGAAGAGGUAUAAUGAGUUUGAGAGGGCGCGGGCCAUCUUCCAGCGAUUCACGAUUGUGCAUCCUGAGCCGAGGAAUUGGAUCAAAUGGGCUCGCUUUGAGGAAGAGUAUGGCACUGGCGACCUUGUCCGGGAGGUGUACGGCACGGCUGUGGAAACGCUAGGGGAGGAUUUCAUGGACGAGAAACUCUUCAUCGCUUACGCCAAGUUCGAGGCAAAGCUAAAGGAGUAUGAGCGCUCUCGAGCCAUCUACAAGUAUGCUUUGGAUCGGUUGCCUCGUUCCAAAUCCGUUGCACUACACAAAGCAUACACGACUUUCGAGAAGCAAUUUGGCGACCGGGAAGGGGUGGAGGAUGUCAUUCUCUCCAAGCGCCGAGUUCAGUAUGAGGAACAGCUGAAGGAGAACCCCCGAAACUACGACGUUUGGUUCGAUUUUGCGCGGUUGGAAGAGACUUCCGGGGACCCCGAACGGGUUCGCGAUAUCUACGAGCGCGCGAUUGCCCAGAUCCCCCCAUCUCAAGAGAAGCGACACUGGAGACGGUAUAUCUAUCUUUGGAUCUUCUAUGCGAUCUGGGAGGAAAUGGAGGCCAAGGACAUCGACCGGGCGCGCCAGAUCUACGCGGAAUGCCUCAAACUCGUCCCUCACAAGAAGUUUACGUUUGCGAAAAUCUGGCUGAUGAAGGCGCAAUUCGACGUCCGACAGAUGGACCUACAGGCAGCGCGCAAGACCCUGGGCCAGGCCCUGGGAAUGUGCCCGAAGGAUAAGUUGUUCCGGGGCUACGUGGAUCUGGAACAGCAGCUGUUUGAGUUCGUACGGUGCCGGACACUAUACGAGAAGCAGAUCGAGUGGAACCCGUCCAACAGUCAAUCCUGGAUCAAGUACGCGGAACUGGAGCGCGGGCUCGACGACACGGAGCGUGUGCGGGCGAUCUUUGAACUUGGCAUCGACCAGGCGACCCUAGAUAUGCCGGAACUUGUGUGGAAGGCUUACAUUGACUUUGAAGAGUACGAAGGCGAGUAUGAGCGAGAGCGACAACUGUAUGAGCGGCUGCUCGAGAAGACGGAUCAUGUCAAGGUGUGGAUUAACUACGCCCGCUUCGAGAUCAAUAUCCCCGACGAGGAGGAAGAGGAAGAGGAGGAAGCAGAGCGACCGGUCAGCGAGGAAGCUAAGCGACGUGCUCGGGCGGUGUUUGAGCGAGCACACCAGCUAUUCAAGGAGAAGGAACUGAAGGAAGACAGAGUGGAACUACUGAAUGCAUGGCGGUCGUUUGAGCAUACGCAUGGAUCGGCCGAGGAUAUCGAUAAGAUCGAGCAACAGAUGCCUCGACGGGUGAAGAAACGGCGUAAGCUGGAUGAUGAUCGGUAUGAAGAGUAUAUGGAUUAUGUAUUCCCGGCGGAUGACCAGUCUGCAGCGAAUCUGUCGAAAUUGUUACGGAUGGCGCACCAGUGGAAACAGGGGCAGAGUUAGUUUUCUAUAUGAGCAGAAGUUUCGGGGUGAAACCAUAUCGGAUAUCAAUGAAUAUGAAGAUGAAGAUCAAGAUACUAGAGAAACCCCUGAAUGGGUCCCUUACAGACUCCAACCCUCCUCACUUUACCAACCAUCUUCCCUUUUCAUGUUAUGAUUCUAUCAUCUCUUCUUCUUUUCUUCCAUUUCAUUUCUCUUUGCUUCUCCUCUCUCUCUAGUCCGUGAGUGAGUGUUUUUUGGGGUUUUAUUUGAUGGUGUUGUGGUCUAAGUUGCCGCCAUUGUUUCACUUCCCAUUACUCGCCCAUAGUUUCCAUCCUAGAAUUAAUUAAUUUCCUUCUUCUUCUUCU